CCAAGAUUUCAGUCAACAUUGGGGAUAUUAUAGACAGUAUUUUGCGUUUCUUUUGACAGGUCCUCAAACUACGUGAAUGCCAAAGUAUAUAUGAGGAAUUUGGGAAUGAUGCAGCCGCCGAGUCGGAUGUCAAACUACUGACAAGUGCACUACAUUCUCACCGCAUCUGAUGCCAGUACUGUAGUGUAGAAUGGUACAAAACGCUUGUAAUCUGCUGACCUCGAUGUGAUUCCUGAUUUUCAAAGCUGUCAACAUGGCAGGUGACAAAGUCAGUAAUAAGCGAAGACAUAAGCGUGACAGCUCUACUUCAGAAAGUAGUGACUCCAGCAGUACUUCAUCCGAUUCAGAUUCGUCGCCAGAGAGAAGAAAAAAGUCUCAAAGACGUUCAAGAAGUUCAAGUAGUUCAAGUUCAGACUCCUCACCAGAUAGAAAGAAAAAAUCGCACAGACGAUCACACAGUUCUAGCUCAGAACAUUUCCCAUCAAAGAAGAAAAGGCACAGGUGGAGCAGAUCGUCCAGCUCUAGCUCAUCAGAGGAAGAGAAGAAGAAAAAGAGGAAACAUGAUCACAAACAUAAGAAAAAGUCAAUGAAGCACCGAAAGCUUUCCAAAGAUGACUGUGGCCCUGUACAAUUGUCUAAGUUCAUUAAAAGAUCGCACAGUAAAGAGGAGGAAAACAGGAGUGCUAUUUCUGGGAAAAGAAUCAAGAUGAAGGUCAAGAAGUCAAAGAGAGAUAAAGCUAUGGCCAAGAACCGUGCUCAGAAGUUGGACUUUCUUAACGCCGUGUUGUAGCAGAUAUAAAGGACCAGACUUCUCACUCCAUAUCAGUUAUUGAACACAGCAGAGGAUUUAUGUACAUAGUAUAACCAUAGUGUAACCGAUUUUAGUAUGAAAUAAAUAAAAUAUAUUACGAAUUGGUAUUUCGAAA